UAGACUUCACCAACUCCCCCCCCAGUGCUAAUGUUCUGUGCUUCAGCCGCUGUUAGGAAAGCGUUACCCAAGGAUGUAGGUCUUGCGGAGAUCUCGGGCUGUUUCGGGAUGUAUUGAUGGCUCAACAGUCCUAUCCUUCUUUGAUUCCGCACGAAGCACACAACGGUUUUCGGAAUUGGAAUGGAAAAGCCCUCUGGACGCUGUAUUCGGAGCCGACAAUAUGAACCAUGCCCUAGUUAAUAUUACAAGGAUUUCCUCGAUAGCCUGUGUAUAGACUUUCAAGGAAUUUGAAAUGUAUACAUUUGAUUCGGAUUUGGAGUAAAACGAAAAGCAAUUUAGCCGUGAAGAGCAAGGUGUUUCUGUGCCGAUGUAAAAAAUAUAUAUAUUUAUAUUCAGCAAAAUCAAAGGAUUUUAGAUGGAGCUGGAGAAUAUUGUGGCCAAUACGGUACUGUUAAAAGCAAGAGGAGGUGGAGGAGGGAAGCGGAAAGGCAGGAGUAAGAAAUGGAAGGAGAUCCUCCGCUUCCCCCACAUCAGCCAGUGCACUGAGCUGGGCAACAGCAUCGAUCGGGACUACAUGAGCCUGUGUGAGAAGCAGCCCAUCGGCAGACUGCUGUUCCGCCUCUACUGUGAGACCAGACCUGAAUUGCUGCGAUGCAUCCACCUACUGGACGCCAUGGACGACUAUGAGCUGGUGCCUGAUGAGAAACGGAAAAGCAGAGGAGAUCAGAUUAUUGGGAAGUUCCUGUCUAAACAGUCGUCAGAGUGUGUGGAGGCAGCAGAGAGCCUUGCUGAGCAGUGUAGAGAGAACCUGGAGCUCCACCCCUGCAAGGAGAUCUUCAGUGACUGUCGCAAGGCUCUCCAUCACUACCUGAGAGGAGAUCCCUUCUCGGACUACCAGAACAGCAUGUACUUUGACCGUUUCCUACAGUGGAAGAUGCUGGAGAGGCAGCCAAUAGCUAAGGACACGUUUCGACAGUACAGAGUACUGGGGAAGGGAGGAUUCGGAGAGGUGUGUGCGUGCCAGGUGCGAGCCACAGGGAAGAUGUAUGCCUGUAAGAAGUUAGAGAAGAAGAGGAUUAAGAAGAGGAAAGGAGAGUCCAUGGCCCUCAAUGAGAAACAAAUACUAGAGAAGGUCAACAGCAGAUUUGUUGUGAGUUUAGCGUAUGCCUAUGAGACCAAAGAUGCUCUGUGUCUAGUGUUGACCUUAAUGAAUGGAGGAGAUCUGAAGUUCCACAUCUAUAGCAUGGGGACUCCAGGCUUUGAGAAGGACAGGGUCCAGUUCUAUGCUGCCCAGAUCUGCUGCGGCCUGGACCACCUACACCAGGAAUCCAUCGUCUACAGGGAUUUAAAACCAGAGAAUAUUCUAUUAGAUGAUAAUGGACACAUCCGGAUCUCAGAUCUGGGCCUGGCCAUCAAAGUGCCUGAAGGGGACCCCAUACGAGGCAGAGUGGGAACAGUGGGCUACAUGGCUCCGGAGGUGAUCAACAACGAGCGCUAUGGGAUGAGUCCAGACUGGUGGGGGCUGGGAUGUCUCAUCUAUGAGAUGACCGCGGGACGCUCACCCUUCCGCGCACGCAAAGAACGAGUGAAGAGGGAGGAGGUGGAGAAGAGGGUGCAGGAGGAAGAGGAGGAGUACAGCGACAAGUUUACAGAAGACACCAAGGCCAUCUGUAGGGUGCUGUUGACCAAAGAUCCUAAGCAGAGGCUGGGCUGUACAGCAGAGGGGUCAGCGGGGGUGAAGGCUCACUGUUUCUUCAGGAACAUCAACUUUAAAAGGCUAGAGGCAGGCAUCCAGGAGCCCUCCUUUGUACCUGACCCCCGGGCGGUGUACUGUAAGGAUGUGUUGGACAUUGAGCAGUUCUCUACAGUCAAGGGAGUAAAUCUGGACCAAACCGACAACGACUUCUACUUCAAAUUCUCUACAGGCUGCGUGUCCAUCCCAUGGCAGCACGAGAUGAUAGACACAGAGUGUUUCAGUGAUCUGAAUGUGUUUGGGCCCCAGGGGACCAGACCCCCAGAUCUGGACUGGAAUACCCCCCCCGAGCCUCCUCGACGCAGCCUGCUGGACAGGAUCUUCAGGAGACAUCACCCCGAGGUGUCCAUUGCCAACAGCCGCGUGUCUUCCUGCAGUGUGAACUCGGUGGACUCCAUGUCAAACUCUGCCCCCUAGUGGCCAGGGCGCUGUGUGGCGCCACACACAGACAGAGGAGGAGCCUGUAGGAUCUCCUCACUGCUGGUUGGUUUACACCCGGCCUGACCAGCUGUCAGUCAACCGGAAGCACCCCGCCCAAGCCCACGGUCAGCCUAGGGGAAAUGCUGACCAUGACCCGGGCCUGAGAGACCGACCCAUGGGGAAUUAUUAGAGGGACGUUCAAUGAUGCAAAGAUGUUUUGAGAACGAUGCGUAGGCAUCUCACUUACCCUCAUGAUCGCUGGAGUAGAGAAGAGCCACUGACGUUGUUGAUGAAUAAGAAAAAAACAAUCUAAUUCAGGGGAUCCACUGUCUAAGAAAGACCACCACAGGGAAUACAAGAUGGGGUCUUUGUUGAAAUGUUGUAGCUUUGUUUGUUUUUGUUUUUUUAUCAAAUUCCUUGCAUAAAUACUCAUUCACACUCAAAUGCACUCUGUAUUUGUUCAACUAUUCCUCUCUCUAUCUUCCCCCUCUCUCUCUUUUCUCUCUCUCUCUCUAUCUUCCCCCCCUCUCUCUCUUCCCC